AUGCCGUCCAGCCUGACCUGGCGCCAACAGGCUGCUCUGGAGAAGGAUAUAUUCAGAGAGCGUUUUCCUUUCUCUGUCACUGUAGGGUUCGAUGAACUUCACGUGUGUGCUGACCCAGGUGUCCCGGAGAAUGGCUUCAGGACCCCCAGUGGAGGGGUUUUCUUUGAAAGCUCUGUAACCCGAUUUCACUGCCAAGACGGAUUCAAGCUGAAGGGCUCUACAAAGAGACUGUGUAUGAAACAUCUUAAUGGAACCCUAGGCUGGAUCCCAAGUGAUAAGCCCAUCUGUGUGCAAGAAGAUUGCCGUAUCCCUCAAAUUGAAGAUGCCGAGAUUCACAACAAGACGUAUAGACAUGGAGAUAAGUUAAUCAUCACUUGUCACGAAGGAUUCAAGAUCCGUUACCCUGACCUGUACAACAUGGUUUCACUAUGUCACGAUGAUGGAACGUGGGAUAACCUGCCCAUUUGUCAAGGUUGCCUGAGACCUCUAGCCUCUUCCAAUGGCUACGUGAACAUCUCUGAGUUCCAGACCUCCUUCCCAGUGGGGACUGUGAUCUCCUAUCGCUGCUUCCCUGGAUUCAAACUCGAGGGGUCUGAAUAUCUUGAGUGCUUACACAACCUUAUCUGGUCGUCCAGCCCACCCCGGUGCCUUGCUCUGGAAG